CGCGCCGCCGUGACCGUGCGCCGUUUGCAACGUUUGGAAGAUGGCGGCGUCCAGAGGAGUCUGAAGGCUUUGGGGAGACCGUGAGAGGUUUCCGUACAAUCUGAGCUUGCGGUUAGGGAUCCCUUAGCUUGGUGUUUCCUGCUCUAAGGUUCGCACCGGUUGUCCUCCCAGGCCCUCGGACGCGAUGUGGAGAUGCCUCUGCCUGCGGGACGGGUGGCGCCGGCUCCUGAGCCGACCCUCAGGUAGUCCCAUGGCCACCGCAAGGACGGGAGCGAACAUCCCAUCCCUAUCCCGGGCCUACGCUCCACCGGCAGAAAGGAAGAAGUUUUAUCAGAAUGUCAGCAUCACACAGGGUGAAGGUGGCUUUGAGAUAAACUUGGACCACAGGAAGCUGAAAACUCCCCAGGCCAAGCUCUUUACGGUCCCCAGCAAGGCCCUGGCCAUCGCAGUGGCCACGGAAUGGGACUGCCAGCAGGACACCAUCAAGUUCUACACCAUGCACCUGACCACAUUGUGCAACACGUCUUUAGACAACCCAACCCAGCGAAACAAGGACCAGCUGAUCCAGGCAGCUGUGAAGUUCCUGGACACUGACACGAUCUGCUACAGGGUGGAAGAGCCAGAGACGUUAGUGGAACUUCAAAAGAACGAGUGGGACCCAAUCAUAGCAUGGGCCGAGAAGAGAUAUGGCAUAGAGAUCGCCUCUUCCACCAGCAUAAUGGGGCCAAGCAUCCCAAACAGGACUCGGGAGGUACUUGUCAGCCACCUGGCAUCUUACAACAUGUGGGCCUUACAAGGGAUUGAGUUUGUAGUGGCACAGCUCAAGUCUAUGGUGCUGACCCUGGGCCUGAUUGACCUGCGCCUGACGGUGGAGCAGGCCGUGUUGCUGUCCCGCCUGGAGGAGGAGUACCAGAUCCAAAAGUGGGGCAAUGUGGAAUGGGCCCACGACUAUGAGCUCCAGGAGCUGCGGGCACGCACGGCCGCUGGCAUCCUCUUCGUCCACCUCUGCUCCGAGAGCACCACGAUCAGGCACAAGCUCCUGCAGGACUGAGGCCCGGGGUGCGCGCUGCAUGCCCAGAGGAUGGAGACUCCCUCAGCCCGGGGGCACCGUGGCAUGGCCCACUUGACACUGCCCUGAGAGGCCUGAGACAGUGUGGCUAGAGGUCAGCUUGAGUGCAGCCUGGGGCCCCUGCCCCAGCCAGCACGAGGUAGGGACAGGUUAUACAAAUGACUUCUCUCCUCCUGAUUUUAUUAAAUACUUCUCUACCUGGGA